CCUCUACGGGGACGUUAUUUAUGGUCACACUGGGAAAAAAAAUUGGAAAUUAGAAGCGUUUAUCGGUUCAUUUACACAGUCACAGUACUUAUCGGUUGCAUGAGAGUUACAUGCACUAACAGCCGGACUUCUUGAGCAGUUCGGUGUCCGCCUGUUCACGGGCUCCUGAUGAAGGUGUGUAGGUAAUACUUUGAGAGCCCCCUAAGACGCCAUGUCUGAAGAGGCAAUUUCAGAGAGUGACCUGGAGGCCAGCCUUAACAGUGAAGAGGAAUACUUGGAAAAUGAAGAAGAAGAAGAGGACAAUGAAGACAUGGACGAAGAUGAGGAUGAAAAUGACGGAGAUGAUGAAGAUGAUAGUGUCGACCGACCUGAGAGUGCCCAGAGUCGAACCGACAUGGCUCAGGAUGGCAGGGACUCCACCUCAGCUACCUCUGGAGAGCCUUCCUCUGAGCCUCCGUCUCAGCCUGCGUCCCGCCCGUCCUCCAGGACCCCCUCCAGACCUGCCUCUCGUUCUCAACCUCCAACCAGCCCAGAGAACUCAAGCCAGAGCAAGCCACCUUCCAGCAAAGCAAAGAAACAAAAAGCCUCUAAAUUAACCAAAUCCUCCAAGUCUUCAAAAGGCUCUAAACCUUCUAAGCCAUCUAAGCCUGCACACAUGAGGAAGAAUAUCAGAAAGUUGUUGAAAGAUGAUCAGCUGGAGGCUGGGACCAAGGCUGCUCAGCAGGAGGAAAUGGAGAGGCGGAAACGUCUGGAGCAGCAGAGGAAGGACUUUCCUACACAAGCUCCGACAGUUCCAGACUCUCAGCUAGUGGACCCUGCUUCAAUUUUAGGAGAAGUAUCUCACUUGGUCCCUGGUCUGCUGCGCAAGCAGGAUGUGAUCUGUCUGGACAGCAGUGGUGAGGAAGAUGAAAAAGUGGAGCCGAAGUUGCCUGCACUUGGCAUUAGAGAUGAUGUAAUUGAGCUCAGUUCUGGAGACGAAGACGCCCUGCAGAUAAGCAGCGAGUCAGCUGAUGAGGAUGCUGAUGGUGCGCCCGGCUCAGAGGAGAGCAGCGGAGCUCACAUCAACGACGCUCUGAACCUGCCCGAUGCUCAGGGGCGAGUGCUGGUUAAUAUCAAUCACCCUGCUGAGGAGAAAGACAUUUUCCUCGCCCCGCAGCUAGCCAGAGCUGUGAAACCUCACCAGAUCGGGGGAAUCCGGUUUCUCUAUGAUAACCUCAUCGAGUCUCUGGAGCGAUAUAAGACCAGCAGUGGGUUUGGCUGCAUUCUUGCUCACAGCAUGGGGUUGGGCAAGACACUACAGGUUAUUUCCUUCAUUGACAUCCUGCUGAGGAAUACUGAGGCGCACACUGUGCUGGCCAUUGUCCCUGUGAACACACUACAGAACUGGCUAACAGAGUUUAACCUCUGGCUCCCACCUCAAGAGGCCCUUUCCCCUGACACCGACCCCACAGUCGUCGCUGGCCGCAUAUUCAGAGUUCACAUUCUCAACGACGAGCACAAAACAACGCUGGCCAGAGCCAAGGUUGUGGAGGACUGGUCCAGAGAUGGAGGCGUGUUGCUGAUGGGCUAUGAGAUGUACCGCCUGCUGUCCAUGAAGAAGAGUUUCGUGAUGGGAAAGAAGAGGAAAUCAAAGAAGCCUGCUGGGCCAAUCAUCAUUGACCUGGAUGAAGAAGAUAGACAGCAGGAACUCAUGAAAGGUAUUGAAAAGGCCAUAGCACGGCCUGGCCCAGAUGUGGUCAUCUGUGACGAGGGUCACCGCAUUAAGAACUACCACGCCAGCACAUCCCAGGCCCUAAAGAACAUCCGCUCCCGGCGCAGGGUGGUUCUGACCGGUUAUCCGCUGCAGAACAACCUUAUUGAAUACUGGUGCAUGGUGGACUUUGUUAGGCCCGACUUUCUAGGCACACGGCAGGAGUUCAGCAACAUGUUUGAGCGUCCCAUUCUGAACGGUCAGUGUGUGGACAGCACACCACAGGAUGUUCGCUUGAUGCGCUACCGCAGUCAUGUGCUGCACAGCCUGCUGGAGGGUUUUGUCCAGAGACGAGGUCAUGAUGUGCUGCGAGAUCAGCUUCCAUCCAAGGAGGAGCAUGUGAUCUUGGUACGGCUCUCUCCAGUUCAGAGGGCACUGUAUACCGAGUUUAUGAAACGCUUUAGAGAAGCAGGGAACAGCGGCUGGCUCGGUCUCAACCCACUCAAAGCCUUCUGUGUGUGCUGCAAGAUCUGGAACCACCCCGACGUCCUCUAUGAAGCCCUGCAGAAGGAGAAUCAGGCCAACGAACAGGACCUAGACUUGGAUGACAUUACUUCGGCUGGUAACCCUCGCUGCCCUGCACCCAGUGCUGGCCUCAAAGCCAAAGUAGCAGACUCAAGCAACAGCAAAGUCAAUAGCACCCCCCUGCCACCACUUAACUCCUCUCAGGAUAGAGCCAAUCAAGUCAUCACAUAUGAAUGGGCAAAGGAUGUAAUGUCAAACUACCAGACAGGAGUUCUCGAGAACUCUGCCAAGAUGGUUCUGCUUUUCCAUUUGAUUGAUGAGAGUGUGAUGAGAAGAGAUAAGAUUUUGGUCUUUAGCCAAAGCUUGUCCACCCUGACGGUUAUUGAGGAUUUCUUAUCAAAGAGACCCAUGCCGCAAGGCAUUGCCUCCACUGACAGCCAGAACCAAAACUGGGUUCGCAACCUCAAUUACUACAGACUGGAUGGGAGUACAUCAGCCUCAGAGAGGGAACGACUUAUCAAUCAGUUUAAUGACCCAGAGAACAGCUCAACAUGGGUCUUCCUACUUUCUACCAGAGCGGGCUGUUUGGGGGUAAAUCUGAUCGGGGCCAAUCGCGUUGUUGUGUUUGAUGCAUCCUGGAACCCCUGUCAUGAUGCCCAAGCGGUGUGUAGGGUGUACCGGUAUGGUCAGAGGAAACCCUGUUACAUUUACCGCCUCGUCUGUGACUUUACGUUGGAGAAGAAGAUCUAUGACAGACAGGUCUCCAAGCAGGGCAUGUCGGACCGUGUGGUUGAUGAUCUGAACCCAGUGCUUAACUUCACUCGUAAGGAAGUGGAGUCGCUGCUGCACUUUGUCGAGGAGGAGCCCAAAGCAGAGAAAACCCCUCUAGAGUCUUGGGGGGAAUUUGAGGAAGUGAUAUUACAAGCUUGUCAGCUUUACCCAAACUUUAUCUCCAAGCAACCUUUCCAACAUGAGUCUCUGCUGGUGGACCGGAAGGAGUCAAAACUGACCAAAGCAGAGAAGAGAGCUGCAAAGAAGAGCUAUGAGGAUGAGAAGCGAGCCUCUGUUCCCUAUUCUCGCCCAUCAUAUGCCCCCUAUUACCCAACCAGUGAUCACGCACUCGCAAACAUACCAGCAUUUAACCAGCGUGGUUGGCGCCCGAUGACACGGCCGGAUGAGAAGCCCGUGGCAAGCGUCAGACCCAUCCAGUCGACCCCAAUCCCCAUGAUGCCUCGCCAGGUUGGCAUGGGCAUGGCUGGUUCCAGCUCUGCAGGCAGCCUCCCUGUCAACUUCCUGCAGAAAGCUGGAGUUUAUGUGCAGAGGAUAGUCACCACAACAGAUAUUGUAAUCCCAGGAGCCAACAGCACGACAGAUGUUCAAGCUCGAAUCAGUGCAGGAGAGAGCAUCCAUGUUAUCAGAGGAUCCAAAGGUACCUACAUCAGGACGAAUGAUGGAAGAAUUUUCGCUAUUCGAUCUGGAAAAAUCAGUAGACCAGUAGUAGGAGGUUCUGCUGCUCCAAGAGACACCCAGAGUUCCCUGAUCCAUCCAGUCAGUAACGGUUGUUCGUCCCCCUUGGAUCAACAGCAGCGCUCCCCUAACGGUGAGCAGCGUCCCUCCUCUCCCUUAAGCUCUGAGAUUCUCAGAGAGCUCAGCCGCUACACUUCUUCCAGAGGUGAUGGCACUGCUGGCAUGGGGAACGAGUUGCCGUCACCGUCAGACGUUUCAUCUGGGCAAGUGGGAGACAGAGGCAGUUCACAGAACUAUCAGGCUGGUGAUCUCAGCAGGCAGCUCGGCGAAGAUCUCCUGAACUCAGCGUUAGAGAUGCGAGGGAGUAAACGCAAGAGUACUGAAAGCCAGGGCAACACUCAAACAGGAGGCAAACGUCCUUCUGCUGCCAGUCAUUUUCCUGGGCUGUCCAUGGGCUCCAGUGGGCUCAGUUUCCCUCCUGUGGGUCUGAACUCUUCCUCCCUUCUGGGGAACCUCGGUCACAUGAGUCACCCACUGCUGAUGCCUGGUAGUGGUGGAUCAUCAUUCCUUCACACACCAGGACAAACACUGGCUGACCUGCAGAACAUGUUCCCCUCUGCAGGAGCAGACCUACUGAGACAACCUGCCACAGGAAACGGGCACCUUCCCACCCCCUCCUCAUCCUCUCUGUCCACUGUUUUCUCCUCUGCUUCCACCACCAUUCCUAUGGCAUCUACGCCCUCGGCAGCAACCACUUCCUCCUUAACGUCAGGUUCUCUGCCUCCGUACUUGAUGAACCCCAACAUGGCCGGCUUGCUUUCAUCAAGUUUCCCUCUCAACUACAGCCAGUCGUUGCUCUCUGAGCCGAGGAUGUUCCCCACCCCUCUCCUCUCGGGGUCGGGGGGAUUCCCCGCCCCUAACUCCAGCUCUACUACAUCCAGCUUCCUGUCCCAUUUCAACAAUCCAACUUCCAGCCUGUUAGGAGCAGCUCUGACCCAACCUGACAGACAUCCGAGUACAGAGAACGGUGGUGACAGUUCUGAUGACGACGUUAUAGAAGUAACAGGACAGUAGAGUCUCAAAAAGUCCCAGAGGCACUUUUACAGUCAAUCCACCAUCUAAAGCACAUUGGGAAUGGGAAUAAUUCAAUGUAUACACAUCUAAAAAACCUAAAUUCUGUUAGAAUAUCCACCCUAAACUCUAAAAUUGCUGCAUUUGUGCAUGCUUUGUUACAUUCCAAAUGUUCUCUCUGAAUGCAAAUCAGUGCAAGAGAAAAAAGUGAAACUUUGCAAUGAUUAGAUGACUAGACAUUUAAGUACACGAAAAUUAAUAUGUAUUUGUCUCAGGAAAUAAAAUUAGUUGAUCCUUCAAAACCUACACCUACAAAACAGUGAAAUUGGCAAACUUCAUGAUGAGAUUACAGAUGUUGUAAUCAUUUUUCACAUUUCAGCUUAUUAGCAGUGAAAUGCUUUCUACUGUUCAUUCAGUCAUCCCUGAAAUAAAUCAGAAUUCCCAUUCAUAAUGUGCUGAUUAAACUUCAUGGACAGACACAAACACAUGGACUCUCAUCUGCAAAUGAGAGAAUCAACUCAUAUCUUAAUGACUAAACAAAGUCAAGAGUAACAAAAUCCUAAUGCUGAAUAUCCCAGACUUGUUCAGCUGGAGCAACAGAGCAGUGGGAACAGACCUUUGUCAUACGGGGACCAGCUGAAUCUUUCAGGGGCUGGGAACAGCCUCAUCUGCUACAUUUUUAAGCAAGUCCUCAUAACGCUGUUAUGUUUUUCCCUCUGACUUCAGAUGGAAAGAUGUGAUUUAAACUGCUUCAUGUUGGAUUUUCUCUGAUAUAUUGCUGUGAAAAGGCUGAGUGCAGCCAGCCGCACUCACCUGCUGAAAACUCAUUUACUCCCAUUUUCUAGAGCAGUCCUUUUACAGUGCAACAAAACCGGGAGCUACAAGCUUCAACAGAUAGAAACCGAUAGCAGCUAAUAGGGUCUUCAUAUUUGUCAAAUUUGAAAAUAUAUUUAGAGAAAAUCCUUCACGGCUCUUCUUUAACAACAGAAGUUUUAGGCUUUCAGAGCAUAUUUUAGUCUUUAGCAGUUUGAUAGACAUUGUAGCAUCCCCUGUUGAAAGGAUAUUAGCGUGAUCCUAUAACUGAACAUGUUGAUACUUUGUAAAUAACAGUCAUUAUAAUUGUUUAUAUUGCAAGUCAAUACUGUGCAGUGUGUAGACUUUGGUUGUAGGGAGAUGGUUUAUUAUUACAGACUAUCAUGAUCAUAAACACACCCUGGCAAAGAUGCAGGAGAAACCAAUUUUUGUUCAACUUCAUAAUUUACUUCUUUCAUUUAAAACUAAAAUGAAUGUACUUUCAUGUUAGCCUUUGAUAACACAGGGGCUGGGACGUGGAUUCGGACUGUGUUCUUUCAUUUUUAGCCUUAAAUAACACAAAGCGGUCUUGAGUCUUUAGCAUUUAUCUUAGUACAUCCAUUUUACAAAUCUGUUGGAAGAACUACUGACAUUUUGACAGUCGGUGUCAAACCGAAAACACAAGUUUAGUUCAGAUUCAGCAUUGUGACUAAAAGCACCAAGUGUGAAAGCCAAAAGGAGCUAAAACCAAGGUUCAAUGUUGCUAGCUUGCGCAAAAAGCUUGUCAUUUCUCUUUUGUUACAGCUGUCUCCCCCAUUUAUUGAUAUGAUCCCUGAGUCAAUCUACACCCAACAUGUAGUCUCGACUAUGGUAAUAUUCUGAAGACAUUUUCAGAAGCUAGCUGAGAACAAAUAUUACCUAAACUAUAGACUCCAUUGCAUUCAUGCAACCUGAGAGGAUAAAACCUUAAGUCAAUGUAGCCACCAACCAUCAAACAUCAUAUCCAACAUUUGAGUACAACCGCUUGUGACUGUGGCAGAACCAGGUCAGGUGAUGUGGUGGCCUUACAAAGCUGACGGUGCCAUUCUGUGGUAGCUUUUCACCUAAAUGCAGUGCAGUGUAAGUAGCUUCUGUCAGUAGUGUCAGUCCGUGUAGGUUAUGCGGUGCAUUAGGGAGUUUAGGUCUUUGCUGUUCUCUGUAGCCCUGUGUUUCUGUGUUGUCAUGACACCUCGAGGUAUUUAGAUUUAGGAAAGUCACUUUCCUCCGUUGGUAAACUAAGCUAGACGCUGUGAUGAUUAGCCUUUAGAAAACACUGGAUAACCUGAGACAACAGAUCAUUCUCUAUUGGCUUGCCUUUUUUGUCAAUGUUUUCUUGUGGGGGUCUUUUGCCCCCAUAGUUUGAGUACUGUUCAGUUUUUUAGUUGCUGUUGGCUCCUUCCCUGUCACUUUGGAUGCUUCAUUUCUACCGAGGACUUCUCCCUUUUUCUUCAGCAUGUUUUGGGAAUUUUGGUUUGUUUCAGAUUUGAAGGUGGAGCUGGCACUUUGUAAAAGGAUCCUGUCUGCUUGUGAACUGUACAAAGUACAUAAUGCUGACCCCAUGUCUUUAUUCUCAGUCUCCUCAAUCAGUUGGAAAUGCCGGACAUCUUUUAUGUUUCUCGGGAAUACUUCAUUUUUAAAGUUUUUUAUAACUUCUUAUUGGUGUUCACUCACCUGCCAGUUGUGUCCCUUAUUUCAGUCUACGUGUCUGAAAUUUAUUUAUUUAUGAUGGAAGAUAUAUUGCUUUUGUAAUUAUGUUUUUUUUAAACUUUUUGUUCACUUUGACCCAUUAACGGCUGAUCCAGUAAGAAUUUCAUACAUGCAGCCUAAAUCGAAGCAAAAUAUGACUGUGUUAUCUAUGUUAUUUUAACAAUAAAACACUCUUCUAUGGCAGUGUGAA